AUGGAGCACAUGCGGGAGAUGCCCCUGGCAGCAGGUCUGCUCACCGCGCUCGUGUCUUCCGCCAUUCCGACGCCCACCGCCCUACCCCAUAACUUGCCUUCCUCGUCUCAGCUAUUACCUUCCCCGACUACGACCCCCGUAUACGAUGGCGGCAGAGGUGAUGGUGGAGAGCCGGGUGGCAUGCACGAAUGGUCCUCCCUGAUUGGCAUAGUGACCGCGCUGGCUGGCAAUGUGCUAAUUUCUCUGGCGCUCAACAUCCAGCGCUACGCGCACAUCCGUAUCGAUCGGGAAUGGGAGCAGGACAAGCUACAGAAAGAACUGCACUGGAAACGCGCUCACCAAGGUCAGGACGACGCGAGUCUCUAUGGAACAGUCGAUGAGCCCGAUCUAGGUGAUGGUGAAGUCGGCCGAGGGCGCAACCGGGUCCCUCCUCAGGGUCGUUACAGGGAUGAAUCCCCGGACUUUAUACCAGAGGACGCGCACGCCCGUUCCGGACGGAGUCAGCGGUACCGCGACGAUGAUGACAACUCCGGAGAUUACAUGCGGGACUCCAUGCUGUCCGACAACACCGUGCGGCCGGAGAACGAGGGCGAGCGCCGUACUGGCCGCAAAUCCUACCUUCGAUCCCCUUACUGGUGGGUCGGAAUCGUGCUCAUGUCGGUGGGCGAGGUGGGAAACUUCAUGGCGUAUGGGUUCGCGCCUGCGUCGAUCGUGUCCCCCCUGGGAGUGGUCGCGUUGAUCUCGAACUGUGUCAUUGCGCCCUUCAUGCUGAAGGAGAAGUUCCGGCAACGUGAUGCUUGGGGUGUUCUCAUCUCCAUUGCGGGCGCAGUGAUCGUGGUAAUCAGUGCGCCGUCUUCGGAGGAGAAAAUCGGCCCGCACGAUAUCUGGGUCAUGAUUACACGCUGGGAGUUUGAGCUCUACCUAGGUCUCACGGCUGCGUUGAUUGUUGGGCUGAUGUGGGCGAGUCGUAAGUAUGGGCCGAGCACAAUCUUGAUUGAUGUGGGCUUGGUUGCGUUAUAUGGCGGCUACACUGCUUUGUCCACGAAAGGUGUUUCGUCUCUAUUGACAUUCACCUUUUGGCAUGUUAUCACGUUUCCCGUCACGUAUCUCCUCGUAUUCAUCCUCGCGUUCAGCGCAGUAAUGCAGAUUCGCUACAUCAACCGAGCUCUGCAACGCUUCGAUUCCACCCAGGUGAUUCCGACCCAGUUUGUGCUUUUCACCCUUUCCGUCAUCAUCGGAAGCGCCAUCCUAUAUCGAGAUUUUGAGGCUUUCACGGCCAAGCGAGCAACUAAGUUUGUGGGCGGCUGUCUCUUGACGUUCUUGGGAGUGUACUUCAUCACCAGUGGCAGAGUUCGCAGCGACACCGAGUCCUCUUUCUCGGUUGACGACGAAGAAGAGGCGAUCGGCCUGCUGGCGGGCGAGCGCUAUCAUGACAAUGUCGAUCUGUCGCCACCUCCAGCUCCGCAAGCCAAAGUGCAUAGGCCGGGACGGACACUCCGCAACUUUCAGGAUGGCAGUAUGGACUCUCCGUCAGGGUCACUUCUCAGCCACGGCCUCGAGGAUGUGGAUGACAACCUACCCACUCCCCGUGGUGUCUUGUCUGCUGCACCAUCAUCACCCACGGGCUCUCUUGUCGCCGAAUCGACAUCUCGCCGCUCCGAUGAGCUCACCUCACCUGUACAUCCCAGUUCGCUUCUUAGAAACCCGUGGAUUGAGUCCCGCGGAUCAACUUCAGCCUCAAUUCACCGUCCCUCCACACCCCCUGAAGAGCGUGGGCAGAACACACAUGAAUCACCGUUCCUGCUUCGCUUCCCCCCAGCUCCUGGCGCAGAGGAUUAUGAACCGCAAGGUACGCCCACUGCCGCAGCGACCGAGAGACCUCAACAGAAUGUCCAGCGUGUUGUGGUCCCCCAGACCCCACCAGCACGCAGACUUCGUAACUCCAUCUCUAAUUUCUCACCCGGUCCUCUUCUCCCGGCAAUCUCAUCUGGCUUCAGUGCAGUGGUUGCCGAGUCACUCCGCCGUGGUGAAAUCAGCCCCAACAAAGGUCGGAGGAUCGGCCGACGCAUCGGCCGGAAGAGGCAGCUGAGUACGACAGUAUUGGAAGGGUCCAGUCGAAAUGCAAACGGGGGAACACUCCAACCCAUUCGUGAUUUGGAUGGAGGUGCUAGUGUGGGCCUGAACCCUCGAUUUCCGCUGUCAGACGGCCGGCUUCAUUCUACGGGUGAGCUCUCUACGGCUCCCGUGACUGUCGGCGUUUCCACUCCUGCGCUCGAAUCCGAUGAUGCAUCAAGGACGUCCAAGCCCCAGGAUAUUGCUUCGCUUUCGCGACUUCGAAGCCUGAGUGAUUCGUGGAGCGGAGGAUUGGCCUGGCUCGGCGGUGUGCUCCACAAACCCGGUGCCAACAAGGGACCCGUCAAUUCACCUUUGGCGGAAGACCAAGUAGUUGACAGCAGUAGCGGGGCACAGGGCAGUCAAGCCCAAGCCCAGCGGGGGCCCGAGUCUGACGCGCAGGUGUAG